CUGAAGGAGGCGCAGGCUUGGAGCUACGCUAAUGGGAUAUUUCAUAACUCUAUCUGGCUGGAACAAGCAGCUGGAGUUUACCACCGGGAGUCCCGUAAAGGCAGAUACCAGCUGACCUACAAGGAGGCCAAGGCUGUGUGCAAUUACGAGGGCGGGAAACUGGCCACGUACAAACAACUGGAGGCUGCUCGAAAAAUCGGUUUCCACGUGUGUGCAGCCGGGUGGUUCGACAAGGGACGUGUUGGAUAUCCCAUUGUCAAGGCCGGCGCCAACUGCGGGUUUGGGAAAGUCGGCAUCAUUGACUACGGAUACAGGCUGAACAAGAGCGAGAAGUGGGACGUGUACUGCUACAACCCACACUCUAAAGAAUGUGGUGGAGUCCUGACGGACCAGGAGAAGAUCAUCCACUCUCCUGGUUUUCCUGACGAAUACCAGGACAAGCAGAUCUGCUACUGGCACAUUCGAGUCCGCCUGGAUCAGAGGAUUCUGAUCCAAUUCUUGGAGUUCGACGUGGAAGAUGACAUGUCAUGUCUGGCUGAUUAUCUGGAGAUUUACGACAGCUAUGACGACGUCUCAGGCUUUGUUGGAAGGUUCUGUGGAGAAGAUAUACCUGACGACAUCCUUAGCACAGGAAAUGUAGUGACGUUGAAGUUCCUCUCAGACGCCUCAGUCUCAGCCGGAGGAUUUCAGAUACACUACACAGCCGUCAACAUCUCGACAAUCCAACAAAACUUUUCCUUGGAAUAUAACUAUCCCUAGCUUUAACACACUGAUGCUGUAUUUAUAAUGACUUCUUGUUGUCUUUAAUAAAAAAAAAACGUUUUUUU